UUAGAGUCAAGCAGCACCAGCCUUAACGAGAUAAAUGAAACAGCUGUCGUUGUGUAUGAAGAAAAAAACAAAGAGGAGUUGGAGUCAUGUGCUGUUUCAGAAAAUCCGUUUACUAUUGAAGACAACACGUCUGGUACACAUGAAAUAGCAGAAUUUGAGGCAAUGGUAGAUGAUAAUAUAAACGAAGAAGUGGAACUUUGUGUGGCUAUUGAAGAGCCAUUAUUUGUUGACGACGACACUUCUGUUAACAGUCACGCAGCGAGAUUUGGAGCAGUAGAAAAUAGUUGUUUGCUGAGUGAUGAUAGUUCAAAUGAAGAGGCUGCACAAAGUGAAAAGUCAUCAAACUGUGAUUCAGAUAACCAAGAAGAUAUUACAUGGAUCACUUGUGCAGGACAGUUAAGAGUUCUAUCACAACUUUUUCAUCAGUGUGAGAAUAUUCUUAAUGAAGCGAUAAUAGAUAAUGAUAGACACGUAAACGCGAAGCGCUUUUCAGAAAAAGUGAAGCACAUAGCAAAAAAAAUACAAGAUUUGUCUGUGAAACUGGUAAAAAAUUGUUCAAUUGUCAUCAACAAAGCACAGCGAGAUGAAAUUGAAAUUGGUUGCCCAGUUUUAGAGGAAAGCACUAAAAUUACUUCUCGUGAUCCAAGCGAAAGGCCACGAGAUAUGAAUGACGAUCAAAGAAAGUUUCUCAUGCAACAAGGACCCUGUCAACCUAGAUUGAAGUCUUUUCCUGUAAAUGAAACAAAAGUCAAAAAUAAACCUAACAAAUUUAAUGCAUCCUGGUACGACUCUUUCCCUCAUCUUGAGUACAGUCAGAAGGAAAAUAAAGAAUAUUGCUUUGUAUGCUCAUUAUUUCCAAGUGGGCCAGGACGAGAAAAAAGUGAUCCAGCAUGGAUAAAUGGUGUACGAUCAUGGAAGAAAAUGGUGAGCGUUGGUGCAAACAAGAAAGGAAAACUUCAUAAACACUUCAGUAGCAAGUCCCAUCAAGCUGCUCUGGCUGAUUUUGCUCGUUUCUCAAUAACAUCUGGCCAUAUUGAUGUGAUGAUGAAUGCGAAAAUGAAGGAAGUAUUGAUCCAAGAGAAAGCAGAUGAAGAAAAGAACAAGGAAAUUAUGUUGAUUCUACUUGAUGUGGCUCGCACUCUGGCAAGGCAGUCAUUGGCAUUCAGAGGAGGAGGCGAUGACAAGGACGGAAAUUUCAUUCAGAUUGUAAAUCUUCUCUCAAGACAUUGUCCUGUUCUCAAGCUGUGGCUGGACGAUCAGCGCCUCAGGCCAUACAGUACAACAUAUACAAGCUCAGAGGCACAAAAUGAGAUGCUUCAUUUGCUGGCUCAAUCUGUGAGGGAUGAAAUUCGUGCUGAAAUUAAGUCAGCCGGUGUAUUUUCUGUGUCUGCAGACACUACACCUGAUACAUCGAAUCAAGACAAGCUUAUCGUUGCUGUAAGAUAUGUCAACCAGAUGGGCAUCCCAUGCGAGAGACUGGUUGAAAUGAAAGAGACCCUUGAUAAAACUGCUGCUGGAACGGCUAAAGAUGUCAUAAAAUCUUUAAUGGAAAAUGAAAUCGAUAUAGAUAUGCUUGCAUUUCAAACAUACGAUUUCACAACAUCAAUGUCUGGACGACUAAAUGGUGCUCAAAAAGUGUUGCAAGAAAUUUUAAAACGACAAGUGCCUUACAUCCCUUGCCAGGGACAACGGUCUAAUACAUUCAACGAGCAUUGUUGCAAACAUAGCUCAAUAAUUACAUCAAUGUACGACGCUCUAGAAGACGUAUAUGUGUUUUUUAGCAAAAGCACAAAAAGAAAUAAAAUUAUAGAAGAAAGUUGCAAAGAUGUUGAAAACAAUUUAAAGUUUCGAAACUUGUCAAAGACGAGAUGGGUUUACAAUUCUGAGUCCAUUGAUGCUGUAUGGAGAAGUUAUGAGGUAAUACCAAAUGCUAUUGUGAAAGUUAUUAAUGCUCGAGAUGUAGAAUCAAAAGUAAAAGCUAAAGGCGAUGGAAUAAAAAAGAAAUUUUUUAGUUUCGACUUUCUUUUUGCUCUUAUGUUCAUGCGAAUCAUAAUGACAAAAACCAAAAUCCUAACCAAACAACUUCAGGAGGAGGAGCUAAAUAUAGUAGAUGCACUUAACCUGAUUGGUGCUACAGUAAAAAACCUUAGACAAAUUCGAAGUGACGAGAACGGAUUAGACUCGGAGAUAGAGGCAAUGGUUGCAUUUGGAACCAUAGUAGGAAUAGACGUAAUGGCAGAAUACACUCGUCAUCAUCGAUCAAGAAAGCCACCCAAACGCAUUGGCGAGCAUUCCGAAAUAACAACAGAAAUAUCAUUUAAAGAUUUCUACCGAAAGGAAAUGUACUUGGUUCUAGACUCACUUAUUACCGAGUAUACCGAUAACAUUAAAGAUUGCAUCGACAAAAUAAAACCUCUUGGAGAGAGCUUACAGCUGCCGCUAGAAAGGCCGAUGGCUGAAACAGUUAAUGAAAUGUGUAGUCUUUUUCCACCGGCGGUAAAAGAUGUUAAUGCAGAAAUGCUGCUGUCGGAGUUGGAAAUUUUCAAUAAUAUUGUGUCAUCACAACUUAAAUCAGAACCUAAAUCCCUUCAAGACGUUGCGUUAUUUGCUUUCAAACACAAAAACGUCUUUCCAACGGUGUGCAAGGCGUAUCAACUAUUGCUGACCGCUCCAGUGUCCGUGGCAAAAGAUGAAAGGUGUUUCAGCAAGCUUAAGAUUGUCAAAAACUGCCUGAGAUCCACAAUGAAAGAUACGCGAUUAAAUGACUUAAUCGUUCUUGCAUGUGAAAAAGAUCUUACGGACAAUGUUGACUUAAAUAUUAUUUUAAAAAAUUGGGCAACUGCAAAGAUGCGAAAACUGCCAUUAAAGAUUUAA